AUGAGCUCUUCUUCACCAUCUUUGUCUGCCCUCGGUGGCCCUACGUAUGUCACUGCCCAGGCGUUGAUCCAACAAGUCGCCUACAUCCUCAGCGACAAGAUCUUCUCCUAUUCGCCUGAGAGUUUCGAUCUGGACAAUGCUCUGCGUGAAUGGGCAUCGCGUCAGGAAACCAAUGCUAAUGGCGAAUCUACCGUCGUCAAGGCUAUGGAGACCCGCCAGGGUGCCGGUAACAUCGCCCUCGGCUAUCUCUUCUCUCAAGAUUUUGAUCUGAAGAAGCGCCAUGUCCCUCAGGGUAUCGUUGCUUCUUCGGCAACUCUCCCCUACAUGCGCUCGGCUCUGGAGCAGCUAUCUCUGUUGUAUUCAGUCGCUAGCCCUGUUGCUGCGCACGUUGCCGCCGUAGAUUACGCCGGUGAGGGCGGACUGGUCUCGGAUUAUGCUUCAGCGCUCUCUCUCGCUGAAGAGCUUGGCCUGGGUCUUGUUUCAAGUGCCUCCGUGCAUGAGGCUCAGCAUAUGGCGCUGCUCACGACCCUCCUCGCUUCUGUUUUGCCCUCGGUUCACAUCUAUGACGGUGUCCGCGUUGGCCGUGAGACUACCCGUGUCAUUGAUGUUCUGGAUCAGGCGGGCGUUGCUCGUACCUACGAGGCCAUUCGCAAGACCUUGGAUGAGUCCCGUAACCGUCACCUAGACACCCAAGGGAAGGUUCUGGAGCUGUUCGCUUCUCUGAACGGCGAACUCGGCACAGACUAUGGUCUUUUCGAAUACCACGGUCACGCCGAACCCGUUUCCGUUCUGGUUGCUUUCGGUACCGUCGAGGCGUCUCUCACUGCGCAGGUUGCUCGCUCGUUGGCAAAGGAUGGUGUCCGCGUCGGUGUUGUCAAUGUCCGUGUUUACCGUCCUUUCGUUGAGGAGGAAUUCCUGCGUGUUCUCCCUCAAUCGACCAAGACUGUGGGUGUCCUUGGUCAGGUCACCGAUGAGCAAGCUGUGCAAGAGCAAGGUGUUCGCUCUGCCCUUUACGAAGACGUGCUUGCGGCUUUGACCUUUGCCUCUGGUCGAGAACAUGCGCCUACCUGCGUCGACAUCAAAUACCCCCGCUCUCAGCGUUGGGACCUGAUAAACACUGCCGCUGCCUUCCAACUCAUCUUCGAAAAGCCCAUUGUUCCGGCCAGCGGUGAAAGCGCGCCUCUUCAGCUUAUCGACCCUGCUACCGUGCAGGAGUACACUUUCUGGGAUGUUGACAGCUCUGUUUGCGAAUCUGCUGCUGCUGUCCUUUCUGAGGCCCUUGCUGCUGAUUCCGCUAGCAAUGUCACAACAUCCAAGUCUCACGACAACCUUAUUCAGGGAGGAGCCGUCCGUAUCGACAUCCGCAAGAGCUCCAAGAUUCUCGAUACCCCCUAUGCUAUUACUGCUGCAGACACAACAUACGUUGGAGACAUCAAGCUUCUUGGAGACAUCGACGUUGCCGCCUCCAUCAAGGACAAGGGCAAAGUCAUCAUCAACGCCCCCGGCGUCAAGGACGAUGAGUUGGAAAAGAAACUACCAUUGGGCUUCAGACAGGCUGUUGCUCAGCGUGAAAUUUCUCUCUACAUCGUCGAUUCAUCGGCGGCCGGUGCCUCUGCUCCUGAAUCCUCUAUCCUCCAGUCAGCCUUCCUUAGAGUGGCACUUCCCUCUCAGGAAGGGGUCGGCCUUAAGAAGCUUUCUUCUAUCACUGGAGACUCCGAGGCUCUUGAGAAUGUCACUAAAGACCUUGACAAGCUUCUCCGUCAGAUCGAGAUCCCCGAGGCUUGGAGGACCGAAGAGGGAACUGAGGUUACUCAGCUUCCCAAGGAUAUCUCCAUCAACAGCUUCGUUCCCUUCGACAAGGAUGAAGCGGAGCCAGCUCCUCUCCUCAAUGAUUGGCAGGCAGCGGCCAAGGGUCUCGCAUUCAAGGAGGCUUACGGCACCAAGAAGGCUCUUCGUCCCGAAACGGCCACCAAGACCUUCACCGUUCACGUCAAGGAGAACAGACGCUUGACCCCUGUCACUUAUGAUCGAAACAUCUUCCACAUUGAGUUCGAUCUUGGUGACUCUGGGCUCAAGUAUGAUAUUGGCGAAGCCCUAGGUGUGCACGCUGAGAAUGAUCCCCAGGAAGUUUCGGAGUUCAUCACAUUCUAUGGUCUCAACCCCGACGAUGUUGUCGGUGUUCCCAGCCGCGAGGACCCCGCGGUCCUUGAGAACCGCACCGUCUACCAGGCUCUCGUCCAAAACGUCGACAUUUUCGGCCGGCCGCCUAAGCGCUUCUAUGAGGCCCUCGCAGAAUUCGCCACCGACGAGAAGGACAAGAAAGACCUUCUCACACUGGGUGGUCCUGAAGGUGCCGUGGAGUUCAAGCGCCGCGCCGAGGUUGACACCAUCACUUUCGCCGAUGUCCUGCUGGAGUACCCCUCAGCUCAUCCUGACUUCCAAGACCUGAUCCGCAUCGUCGGCCCCCUGAAGCGCCGCGAGUACUCCAUCGCUUCCUGCCAGAAGGUGACGCCCAACUCGGUUGCGCUCAUGAUCGUUGCUGUCAACUGGGUUGAUCCCCGUGGCCGCGACCGCUUUGGUCUCGCCACUCGGUACCUUAGCCGCCUCCAGCCCGGCACUCCGGUCACUGUCAGCGUCAAGUCCAGCGUGAUGAAGCUGCCACCCAAGUCCACUCAGCCCCUCAUCAUGGCCGGUCUCGGAACGGGUCUUGCUCCCUUCCGUGCCUUCGUGCAGCACCGUGCCCUCGAGAAGGCGCAGGGCAAGGAGAUCGGUGCUGUGCUCUUAUACAUGGGAUCCCGUCACCAGCGCGAGGAGUACUGCUACGGUGAAGAAUGGGAGGCUUACCAGGAAGCCGGUGUCAUCACUCUCCUUGGCCGUGCCUUCUCUCGUGAUCAGCCUGAGAAGAUUUAUAUCCAGGACCGCAUGCGCGAAACACUGCCUGAAAUCAUCCAGGCCUAUAUCCGGGAAGAGGGUGCCUUCUACCUUUGCGGUCCCACCUGGCCUGUUCCUGAUGUGACUGCCGUGCUGGAGGAGGCCAUUGCCACCGAGGCUAAGAACACAGGCAAGAAGGUCGACACUCGCAAGGAGAUCGAGAAACUCAAGGAUGAGGAGAGAUAUGUUCUUGAAGUUUACUAG